AUGCCUUCGACACGGAAGUCUCCCAGGCACGUUUUUUUCCACUACGUGGGUCAACGACAAGCCUUCAGGGAAUCGCAGAACCGGCGCCGACGAAAGGAAGCCGCCGCCGUGCGCGGGCGGCUGAAUAACCUCCGCACUUACCCACAGGAUGACCCCGCCAACCCCGUCGACAAUGACUACAUUGAUAUUCAUCUGACAUAUCCAAAGGAGCUCUCCCGCCAGAACCAGCAGACGGAGAAGGCGACCAUCCGAUGCAACCAGCGAAGCGAGUUCCAGGCGAUCCGAAAGCGAUGGCAACAAGCUCUGAAAGAGAUUCGGAAUAUAGAAGUCAAUCCUGACCACUACUCCUGGCAGAAGGAGCAAGGCGGAAUGACACCGUUACUUCUGGGCCAGCACACGUUGAUUGGGGAUGUCUUGCGGAAUGGAGACACCGUUUUACUAGAAUGGAAUGAAAUGGAAGGAGACAUGGAAGGGGACGAUAUCAAAUGGGGGGACAAGGAGUGGGCGGAAACGGCAUGA